AUGACUACAGAUGGAAUUGAAACUAUCGUGAAUCGUCUCAGAGAAGUUUCUAAGAACAAUUUCCCUCAUAUACCACCCAAUAUUUUGAAAGAAGGUAUACCCGUUGAUAAAGUUACACAAUUUGAGCGUGAAAGGUCAAUACAUCUCCCAGAAGAUGUGAGGCAGUUUCUUCAAUUGCUUAAUGGAGAAGGUGUACACGACGAUGGCACUCAAAGCGGAUUCCUCAUGGGUCUCUCAUUGUUAUCAUUGGCCGAUAUUGAAAGAGAAAUGAACAUUUGGCAAGAGGUUAUGGAUGACAACCCAGUUUUCGCUGAAUGGCACUCAGUGAGUUACCCACCAGAUUGUAUUCAGGAGGUGUACUGUGAUCCCAAGCAUUGGAUAGGACUUGCAGUGGAUGGCUGUGGCAAUUCUAUAGGAAUUGAUCUCAAACCUGGCCCAAAAGGCAGAGUUGGACAAGUCAUUGUCUUUGGAAGGGAUUACGAUGACAAAUGCGUGAUUGCGAACAACUGGACACAGUUCUUAGAUGAAUGCGUAUCAUUUAUCGAAAGGGGCGAGUCGUUCAAAGUUGAUGGUAAUUUCUAUGAACUUGAUGAUUCAGGGACAUACAUCGAUGAAGUUUAUGAAAAGUGCAUGACCGAUGUUAGAAAAAGUAUUCCUUAGAUCAUUGAACUUGUUGUUAAUUGACCUCAUUAAUUUGUAAAGAUGUCGUUGGAAGAUGAGUUCCAGGUAUCGGAUAUAGAGGGCUAUAUCGGUGAUAAAAGAGGUUGCGACUAUGGAAGAUAUAUCAGACAUGCGUAACUCUGAAAUAAAUGCUUAACAAC